AUGAUCCAAAUCGAGAAGUUAGCAGCACUCACGAAAAACGGCUCCUCCGAGAGAGAAGUCACUCCUCAAGACCUACAUUUCUUGAGGGGUUAUAAGUGGAACUCCUUACUAGGAUUCAACACCGCGGUCAAGAAGUUCGUAAAAUUCAUGUCCUCAAAAGGGAUAGCAUCUUUCACGCUCCCAGCCGAAGAAGAUUCCAUAUACAAAUUCUGUUUCUGGGCAGGCCGGGACGAAGACAAGUCAACCGGACACGAGAUUGCAGCCAGCACCCUCAGCAAAUACCUCCAUGGGAUACAGGUGUGGCAUCUAUACCACAAAGCGGUCUACCCCAUUGGCGUAGAAAGAAGAGUCAAGAUCCUGCUGCGUUCCUCGGCUCGGGUAGACGCCACCAUAUCGGCAAAACCGAAGAAAGAGGCGAUCCACCUGAAGCACAUGGUCCACCUCACGAGGGUCCUUCUCAAAGGAGGCCCAAAAGAACGUGCCAUCCUUGACCUUGCCAUUUCAGCCUUCUGGGGCAUGGCUAGGCUAGGAGAACUAACGUACCAAUCGCCGUCAGGGACGAUAGAUCCUUACUCGUCAUUACUCACGACGGACGUGAUCUUCGAAGAUUCCAAGAACGGGAAGAAAGCCCGAUUAGUCCUCCGAAGCGCGAAAACAGCGAAACCCGGGGAGGUUCAACACAUCCACUUGAACCCCCUGGACAACUUGCUCUGUCCAGUAGAAGCAGUCAAAAGACGCCUCGCAGACGCUAAGGGGAUAGAAACCUCCCUUUACGGAUAUUUCGACCACGCAAACUCGCGGGUCCACCUCACGAAGUACGUGGUUACCCGGACACUUGCUACGGCGUGGGCUCAAGGCAAUUUCUCGGGUAUCUCAGGCCAUUCUUUCCGAGUGGGAGGAGCCUCCCUCAGGAAUGCUUUGGGAGUCCCCAUUAACGAGAUUUGUUCCCUCGGACGAUGGGUCUCCGAUUGUUACAAGCUCUAUAUCCGGCCUUACUCCCCUGCUGAAGUCUCUGACUCGCUCUCCCUGAUGAGCGAUCUGGACCUAUCCUGGCAAGCUUCCUCCUCCACCAAACUCCCGGGCCUUCCUCCCUCUUCAGCUCUCCCCGACGUCUCCACCCUCCUCAAGGUGGUCUACGCCGGCGAGGGUUACCCGAAGAGCGGGGGACGACCCCGCCCCCGACCCACACUCGGCAUGCUUGGGAUUUAA